AUGAGUACUUCUGAGUCCCCUUUGUUCGGUGGAGCACCCACCACUGCAGCUGCAGCAGGAGAAAGUGCAAGUAGUACAGUGAACCUGUUUCCUACUCAGAGUCAAAGUAACCAGGAUGUCAGAAAUGGUAGUCCGAAUGUAUAUUACCUAGUGUUUCUAGGCAUCCUGGUGGUCUUAUUGGGUUUAGCGGGAUGCUUAGCUCUUCGAGCCGUACGUAUGCGACGUCGAUAUCGCACAGCUACGCAAAUAGCUUUAGCGAGAGGAGAUCCUUUACCUAAUGGUGGAGAUGGUUAUUGGGGUUUGGGUGGACUGGCAGGAUGGACAAGUGAAGGAUUCGAUAGACUAGGUAAUGUUGAAGGUGACAUGAGAAGAAGAGAGAGGGAAAUUGAGAAAGCAAAAUUGAGGAAGAAACCAAGGAUAUUCGAUGAGAUCGUAUAUAAGGACGUGGAGAAUGAACUGAAAUCAGGACAACCAUGGGAGGAUAUAGAGCCAAUAUCGAUUCAGUCGUUACUUCCUCCGAUACCACCUGAUGCAAGUCCAGAAACAUCACCUCGUCCUCUAUUUGGAUUCCGUAAUCGAUCCUUACCAUCGGAAAAUAACGUGCCGACGAUCAAAGAGAUCAACCGUCCGGUAACGUUGGGAGAACCAGUACGUAUGGGAGUCAUAAUACAGAUGCCCACUCAACCAUCGGAUCACAAGCAGAAAUCGGAAUGGGAUGAGGAAGAUGUAGGUUGGGAGAAUGGGAUGGAAUUAGGUGUGUGGGAAGGUAGGAUCCAAGAUCCCCUUCCUCCGUCUACAAGAAAUGGAUGGAAAAGACGUAGUGAGGAAAGUGAAGAAUAUUAG